GCAUGCAUAAUUGAGUGUACAUCUAGCAACACUACGGAGGACGCCAUGUUCAAAAUCGUCAACAGGUGAAAUGCCCGAUCGCGUGGAAAUACGAAAUAUGUACGUGGACUUUGGGGAAUGUGACACCGUGUAAACAGAGGGAAUGGUAAAUAUUGGAUGUCGAGCUGAUUCUGUGUUUGGAAAGAUGUCAUUCGAGUAAGAAAACAUGGAUAUAUUGCAGUAUUCCGGACAGCCCAUUCAUCGAGGCGGGCAAAUACCCGCGAAUGGACAAAAUUUCGACCCGACUGUGGCGGCCUUGGUCUCGUCGAUGCGGCAAGAUUUGGUUCCCGAAUCGUCCACUCCAAUUCCACAUGGAUAUUCUUCUUUUUCUCCGAAUUCCACUCAAAUGGAUAUUUAUUCGCCAGUUUCGCAGGCAGAUUUCCGUAGUCAGAUAUCUCCAGUGACCAGUAAAGGCUACAGAGUGCAAGAUGUUACCUACGAUUAUGGACAAGAGAGUGAGCAAAGUCGUAAACAUCAUCCCCAAAACGGGAGAACCAGUCCGAUGGUCCAAGGGCGAGGGUUCAUGAUAACCGGGACUCCGUCCCCGAGAUCAUCGCUUGAUGGUUCCCGUCAGCCCGCUAGCUAUCAACAUCAUCAGUCGAGUCAUCAUCAUCAUCAUCACUCGCCAUCUCUAGCUAAGCAGGGUGAUGGAGGGUUGAUCAACAACAACAGCAGCUAUGUGACAUACAACGACAGUCUUGAGUACACUCACAACAACAGUCACCCAUCCUCCAACAUGGCUCCUCAGAAUGGCUACGUAAGCCCUCCGCCACAGAGCUACCAUCCUGUGUCGACGUAUUGCGAGGAAAUCCAAUUUGGCACGAGCGGAACAGUGGGUAGUGGGGGUGAUGUUAUUACCCCCGCGCAGCUCUGCCACAGUGCUGUAACACAGAAUGGGGUCAGUGCACCUGAUGGUAUUGCAAGUACAGCAAAACAGCCUAAACCUCCUACGAGCCUGAAACCACGUGGGUCACGGACGCGGAGGAGUCUUCGCCGUGCUGCAGACAUGCUCUUGAACCGAAGCCGGCAGAGUCUCUCCGAUACAGAGAGUAGGGCCCAUAAGGUCAUGACCCCAGUACCCCCAUCAACAGCAUCACCGCGAAGUCCACGUUCAACUGCCGACAUGCCCGGCAAUGAAGAGAACAGGGCGCCCUCUGUCCGCGAAAGACUGCAGAAGAACCGCGCCCGCAUGGGUGAACUCCUACGCUCACCUAGCCUAUCAAAGUGGCGGAGGGGGAGCAAAGAGAAUCUCGAACUUACAGACAACCAACCCAAGGCAGGCCCGCCAUCAUCAAACGUAACAAGUCCGGCAUACGUCCCCAACCGCAGGUACAGGAGUGCUGAAAACCUGAACACUUCGUCGUAUACGUCCUACGAGACACCAGAUCCGUACCUCGAUAGUCGGACAGACGGAAGCAACCUCGAUAGCUCCGAUGGUAUGUCGACAAGGUCCGUCGAGUCUACGCCUGCUGACUAUCCACCCAGGCAUCAAGAAAGGAGGCACUCGGUUGGUCAAGCCCGCCAUCGGACAAGGAGCAGAGAAAACCAUAGAGGCUACCAUACAGCAGAUAGUGAUACAGAUUCAAGUUAUAGUCGACAUGAUGGUACAAAUGGCGAUUCACACAGCAGAUACAAUUCUAAGAGACCGCUCCCUUCUUCCUUCCGGCUCCUGUCCAAGGGUAACAGAGAUGGCCCCAUGAGGACCACGCCCAAGGGGCCCAGUGGCCCCCUGAAAGCUGACCAUAGCAUACAACCGUUUACUAAGGAGAAAAGGUCACCAGACGAGGGCUCUCCACGUGACAUGUGGGCCGAGCAAGGUGCGAGGCCUAAGCACCACUCAUCGACAGACUCUUUAGAAACAGAACAAGUCACACAUAUAGUAUUCCAGGAUACCCCCAUUAGAAAUGACUUUGACGAAAAGAACCCUGCCUCCUCCUCCUCGCGGCCCACCACGCCUUCAGCAUUACGCAAAUCAUCGCGACCUGCAUCUCCGUCCAGGUCGGUGAGGUUCGACGACGAUACCGACGGGUCGUACGACAGCGAUAGGCGAGAGCGGAAAGCGCAGUCUUCGAGGAGAAGCGAAUCUCCAGCGGGCAGGCAACACUCCAACGGUCACGACUCUAGACAACAGAACAGAACUUCGAAUGGCCGUGAUAUGCCCAUGUACGCCACUGUUGAUAAAUCAAGGAAAUCUAGGACACCCUCUCGGCAAGAUGACGAGCGAAUGUCGAGGCAUGACAAUUGGACAAACGGAGUCGAAAAGGACGAUCCGUAUAGUCGUAUCAACGAUGAUAGUUAUGUCAGCCAAAAUGGCCGGAGUAGGACAGAAUCAGAUUAUGAGGAAGUGACGUUCAGGCCGCGAUCAGAAAUUGUUACCUCCAGGUCACAUGACUCCAAGCAAGGGUCAGGUGAUCCGAGAAAGCGGAGCUCAAGUAAAGAAUCCAGAUCAUCAAGACCUUCCACUCCUAGCUACAGCAAUCCUUCCUAUGCAGCCAUCGACAAGCAGCCUUCCCGAUCACAAUCCAUGGCCAGUAGAGGGCGCUCUCACUCCAAAGAAAGCCUGUCAUAUGGCAACCCGUGUGUCACUGACACAGACGAUACCAUCGAGCAUCUGGGCUCAAGUCGACUGGAUCACUCCUCAUUUCAAAGUGACUAUGACAGUUACAAGAAGCUUUCCGGUUCCCAGCUCUCCAUCCUCUCCAGGACGUCGAUAUCAGAAAAAGUGGAGAAGACGAAAAAGAAGCUCCGGAGGGCCCUCAGCUUGGAUAAACUCUCAUCGAAUAAGGACAGUUACUCACUGGAAAAACCAAAGCUCAAGAAAUCGCCAUCACUGAGGUCUCUCACUGGUUUACUAAAGAAGAAGGACAAAGAUGGUGAAACGGAAGGAGUGUUCUCAAAAAGGCGAUCAGCCAGUGUGAUAGGCCUCGAGACCACACCCCACAAUGGGAGACACCCCAGGCCGCAACGGACGACAGCAGACAUCGAUGUGACAUCACCGACCCACGGCCGCAAGAUAGGUCGUGUGCUCGCCAUCAAACCUGACGGUACCCAGGUUAUUGAACUCGUCAAGCCACCCAACGGACCAUUUGGGUUUUACAUUGCCAAGGGUACAUCAAGUAAUGGAAACGGUAUCUUUGUAACGCGACUCGGUGACGGCCAUCCAGCCAAGAUCCUGGCAGGCCUCCUCCAGGUCGGCGACGAGAUCCUCGAGAUCGACGGCCAGGACAUCCGCAAGAAGAAACUCGACGACGUCUACGACCUCAUGAUGGACAAUGAUUCCUUGCUGCUUCACGUACGACCUUUGAAGUCCAGGUCAGAGUACAGGUCAUGAGGUCAACGCCCCAGGAAACUGUCCCUUGCGGGGGCUGGAUGAAGCAAAGACA